GGACUGAGCCGCCCGCCUGCCCGCCCACUCCAGCCGGCCCGGGAGCCGCAGCCCAGACAGCCGCCAGGCAAUCUCCAACAUAUUAAUAAUCACCUUGGAACUAAAGCCAAAAGUACACUGUCCCUGGAUCACCUAAAGGUAGAAAUUCAAGCUCUUGUACAGAAAUAACCUGCAUUCAACGCCAAGUUUACCUGCAGUGAUUUGCUUUUGAUGGAAGUCAACAUGUCUCAAGUUCAAAUCCAGAACGCCUCUGCCAGUCUGUCCAGCCCCCAAAUACUAAACAAGAACCAGUCUCUUGCACAACCUUUGAGUAUUCCUUCUCCCGCUAGUUCUCUGCCCUCAGAAAAUGCAGGUAGACCUCUUCAAAAUUCUGCUUUACCCUCUGCAUCUGUUACAUCUAUCAGUGUAGCUGCAGUUCCUUCUAACAUGGCAAACCCCAAAGAGAAAACCCCAAUGUGUCUUGUGAAUGAGUUAGCCCGUUUCAACAAGAUUCAGCCUGAGUAUAAGCUUUUGAGUGAGCAGGGUCCGGCUCACUCAAAGGUGUUUACAGUUCAGCUGACUCUUGGGGACCAGCACUGGGAAGCUGAAGGAACUAGUAUUAAAAAAGCUCAACACGCAGCUGCUGCCAAAGCUUUGGAAGGGACGAGGUUUCCUAAGCCUACAGCUCGCCCAUCACGUAAUGAAGGAAAGAACCCAGGGUCGAAGUCAAUAACCGUGUGCGGUCUUCCAAAAAAUACGUUUGAGAGACUCCGACUUAAAGGAAAAAUCUAUUCACAGAGAAGCCAUUUUGUUCAAAGACGGAGACCCCAAUUUGGGGAUUUACAAAGCCAGAUUAACAAUUUCUACCCUGCCUUUGUUUCAAACAUCACCCAAGAUGCUUACAGAAUUAAAAUGCAUCCAGAUAGUGUAACCCCCACAGUUGAACUGAACGCGCUUUGUAUGAAGCUGGGAAAGAAACCUAUGUACAAGCCUAUAGAUCCCUACAUGGAGAUGAGAUCCACCUACAACUAUAGUAUGAGAGGUGGCACAUAUCCCCCACGAUACUUCUAUCCGUUUCCUGUGGGACCCUGGCUCUAUGAAGUGGAGCUCUCUAUUGGGGGACAGCAGUUUCGCGGGAAAGGUAGAACGAGACAGGCUGCGAAGCAUGACGCAGCUGCCAAAGCACUGAAAAUCCUGCAAAACGAGCCCCUGCCUGAGAAACCAGAGAUUAAUGGGAGAGAACCAGAUGAUGAAAAUCUCAAUAAAUCAGAAAUCAGCCAAGUGUUUGAGAUUGCACUUAAAAGGAACUUGCCUGUGAAUUUUGAGUUUUUCCCUCUGAAACAGGUGACCCGGGAAAGCGGCCCGCCUCACAUGAAGAGCUUUGUGACUAAAGUUUCGGUCGGCGAGUUCAUGGGCGAGGGCGAGGGCAAGAGCAAGAAGAUCUCCAAGAAGAACGCCGCCAUAGCAGUCCUGGAAGAGCUGAAGAAACUGCCGCCCCUUCCAACGGUGGAGAAAAUGAAGCCGCGGAUCAAAAAGAAAACAAAAUCAAUAGUAAAACUACAGAGAAGCCCUGAAUACGGCCAAGGUAUGAACCCCAUUAGCAGACUGGCUCAGAUACAGCAAGCCAAGAAAGAGAAGGAGCCAGAAUACAUGCUCAUCACAGAACGGGGGCUUCCCAGGCGCCGGGAGUUCGUUAUGCAGGUGAAAGUUGGCGUGCACACAGCUGACGGGAUGGGGACGAACAAGAAAGUAGCGAAGCGCAACGCAGCUGAAAACAUGCUGGAGGUCUUAGGAUUCAAAGUCCCUCAACCACAACCCCCAAAGCCAGCACUAAAGACAGAAGAAAAGACACCAGUAAAAAAGCCAGUUGAUGGGAGAAAAGUAACCUUUUUUGAACCUGGUUCUGAAGAAACAUCUGCUAGUAAUAAAGAGGACGAGUUCAGGAUGCCUUAUCUCAGCCAUCAGCAGCUCCCUGCUGGCAUUCUUCCCAUGGUCCCCGAGGUCGCACAGGCUGUAGGAGUGAAUCAAGGACACCACACCAAAGAGUUCAGUAGGGCAGCCCCAAAUCCUGCCAAGGCUACAGUGACAGCCAUGAUUGCUAGAGAGCUGUUAUAUGGUGGCACAUCCCCUACCGCUGAGACCAUUUUAAAAAACAGUGCUUCAGGCCAUGUACCCCAUGGACCACUCGCAAGACCCUCAGAACAGUUGGACUACCUUUCCAGCGUUCAGGGAAUCCAGGUUGAAUACAAAGAUUUCCCCAAAAACAACAAGAAUGAAUUUGUGUCUCUUAUAAAUUGUUCCUCUCAGCCACCCCUGAUCAGCCAUGGAAUUGGAAAGGACGUAGAAUCUUGCCACGAUAUGGCUGCAUUAAACAUCUUAAAAUUGCUGUCUGAGUUGGACCAACAAAGUACAGAGAUGCCAAGAACAGGAAAUGGACCAAUGUCUGUAUGCGUGAAGCAAGAAAUGGAAAGUGACCCUCUCCUGAAACCGGCUAGCUCAAAUACUUUGGGACAAACACUGGACACCACUGCCUGAAAAGGCUGACUGGACCCAAACCCGAAAGCACCAGAGAAAAUCAAACGCUUCCUAAUUAAUGUAACCUUACUGUUUUAGAGCACUGCAGUGGCUACAAUUCACUGCAGUAUCUAAAUCAUAACCGUUGCUUUUCCAAACAGUGAUAAAUUUUUAGUUUCAUUGCAUUGUUUUGAAUGACACUAUAAAUUUUUCAUUUGAAAACAAGUUUCUUAAUUGUACCUAGAAACAAUAGCACAGUUUAGAAACUUUGUUGUCUGAUGUUGACACUCUUAACCUAUGAACUAACUUGGGAAGAUCAUAUCCAUGUAUGUGUUCGGCUUUUUGUUUUUAAUGAAAUUGUGAAAAAUUUCACUGGAAACAAACGGUGUGCCUGCCAUUUGAUUAAAAAAGAGAGAGCGAGUGAUAAGGGGCGGGGGGGAGAGAAAAGAGAACACGUCACACUUAGACAAGCCUGGCCUAAUUAUCAAACGGUUGAAUGAAUAAUUACACAUUUUAGGAAUUUUAAACUUCAUUUGAUCAUUUUGAUUUCUAGAAUAUUUUGCAGGGGAGGGGCGGGGAACUGGAAUGCAACAGAAGUUGAAAUGGUCGAUAAUCUUUGUUUUAAAAAAAAUUGUGUACGUGUGUCUAUUAUAAAGGCACACAAACUCGGUACAUUACAGGAUAUGAUCUCAGUGUAGUGCAUAUAAAACUGCAGAUUGAUUUUCCUUGAGUGCUUUAUACUGUUUAAUUACAUCUCCAUGUAGGGCUGAAAAAAAUUACCUAUGUUUAUAUAUAAACUGUGUUGCUUUUGAUGUUGUGUUUAUUGCACACAGCGAUGGGUGCAGUAAAAGUUUUUGCAUAUGGUCCAGGUAAAGCACGAUAGCCUCGCAAGUUUAAGUACUGCUUCAGUUCAUUGUUUACGCUGGAAUUUUUUCUCCCCAUGGAAUGUAAGUAAAACGUAGUGUUUGUCACCAAUAAAUGGUAAAUACUGAAAAGUCAAA